UACAUGAUCGGCUCGGUCGUGCCCAGCGCCAGCGCCAGCGCCAGCUCCAGCUCCAGCUCCAGCUCGAUUCGACCCAUCGGCACCCUCGAUCCGUCCAGCUUUGCGUACCUGGCUCCCGAAGCGAUGUGGAAUCAGAUCCUCGAUCCAUCCGCCACGUCAUCCACCUCGUCCAUGCGUCAUUCAACGUCGUCUGUUUCGCUUUCCAAUGCACCAUCCUCAGGCUCCGCGCUGAACGUCUCUGCCAUCCAGAGCAGCCAGGGCCUUUCGAGUGCCGCCGCUGAAGCCCCCAGCACAACCGAUACCUCCAACUUUGACUAUCCGAUUCCUUCCUGCUGCGAGAUGACCUUUUCUAGCUACAACGAGCUCAUGCAACACCUGCAGAUCAGCCACGCCCACGAGUAUUUGUCCUUUGACGACCCUGCACAAAAUCACUCGAUCUUGAGCUAUCUUGCUCAGUCUCUCGGCACCUCGGUGGAUGACAAGCUGCUUGGCACAUCCAUCAGCGACAAGAUGAUGUUGGGCACAUCCGUCAGCGACAGAAUGCUCGGCACGAGUCUCAGCGAGUUUCAGCAUCCCGUCGCUCUCGGCGCUACCAUCCCGAUCUACAAUCGAGACUCUGCCAAUGCCCAGGCUCGUGCUUUUGUCCCUGACGGACUCUACGGGGCACUUGGAGCCAAUGCCUUUGAUCCAAUGGCCUCCACACCAACAUCCCAGGGCCAGGCCAAGCGCUCGCUGACCACCGCCGCCUUCUCGAUCGGCUCCUACAAUAGCCAGUUUGAUCUCAAGCGCUUCCGCGAGGGAAUCCCAAGCCCGAUGAUGCCUUCCGACUUUGGCGGCAUGGUUCCGGGAUUCGACCCGCCAGCCAUGGCUGAUCCCUCGCAGCUGCCUCAGUCUAAUGCCACUGUUGUGCCCGAUCUUCAGUCGCACGAUAGCCCGCACACCCGCACCUUUGCCCAUCCCAUCUCGAGGGCCUCGCAUGCCGGCCACCAUGUCAAGCGACACGGGCGCUCCCAGUCCCAAAAAUACGAGCAUCCAGCUUCCGAGACCCAGCUGGCCAGCAAGCCCAACCGCGCAUCGCUAUCUCACCCGGAUGCAGCUCGAGAAGCCCUGGCUGCUCAGCUUGCUGCCCAGCCACCGGGCCUUGCACAGACCGCAAGCCUCCCUGGCCAGAUCCUGCCAUUUUCCCUGUCUACUUCGACCAUCUUUCCACAAGCCUCUCAGACCCAGCACGUUGCUCAGCUGUCGACACCUUCGCCGUUGCUCUCGCAGCAGCGGUCCUUUUCCCAACCAGGAAGAGAUCCCGGCACUAUUUAUUACAAACCCACCUCGCAACUCACCAAAGGUCUUGCACCCGAGAUGAUGUCUGCCGCACAGUCUACCCCGCAAGCCAUGAUACCGACGCCAGCUCUCUCUCAGAAUCCGAUGCCACCUCCGGCCGAUGCGUCUAUCUUCCGCAUGUUCACCGGCGGCAUUCCCACCGCCGCGGCUCCAUCGAUGCUGGCCAACAAUGCCCAGGGCCCUAUGCAUCCGGACCCGCUCUUGCAGCUGAACGGCACCCAGAUCGACGCCAAAUCCGGAUCCAUUGCUGGCCUGUAUCCGGGCAUUCCUGCCCGAAUGGGCCCAGUGAAUGGCGCUUCCCAAGCAGACCAGGCCACCCAGGGCGCCCAGAUCUUUGACGGCGGAUUCGUCAACCCAAGCGGCCUGCUGCACGCAGCCGGGAUCCCAAUUCACAGGCCCGUCUCUAGCUCCAGCCAUCGCACUGAGCUGGACGACAUUAUCCAGUCGCUCGAGACAUCAACUUCGCUCAAGAGCCCGCCGAUUCUUCCGAUCGUCGCAACCGAUGCAUACAUGGAAAAGUUCUCGCUCCUGGACCCGAGUCUGUCGCAGUCUGCUGCGAUGGACCUGGUUCCGGACUCGCAGAAUCUAACCAACGCAACAGGCGGCGCCCAUGUUCUCGUGCCGCCCCUUCCAGGUGUUGGUGUCUCGUAUCUGGCGCCCGAUAUCAAUCCGUACUUUACCAGGAGCGGGACGCCCAUGUCACAGUUCUCGCCCCAGCCUUCUCCAAAGGCAUCUCCCCGGGUAUCUCACGCAUCGUCUGUAUCCGCGCCGGCCUCAAACUCGCCUUCGUCAUCACCAGCCCUCAGCUCGGUCUCGGCCCCGGCGACGCCGCAUUCCAUCGCUGGCUUGAUGUCGGGUCCGGCAGUUCCCUCUGGACCUAGCGGCGGGUUGGGCUCAGGCUCAGGCACGGGCUCAGGCUCGGGCGCGGGCAUGAAAAAGUCCAAAGCCGCGAGCAGCAGCGCCGACCCGCCCGUGUCCAAGCCGUACAAGUGCUUGUUCCCAAACUGUACGAAAUCCUACAAGAACGCCAACGGACUCAAAUACCAUAUCGAGUACGGCCACAUGGACGAGGAUGGCACGCAGUCGGACGGUAGCGAGAAGCGCCAGCGACGCUACAAGUGCCGUUUUGGAGGGAUCGAGUGCCACAAGCAGUACAAGAAUCUGGGUGGUCUGCGGUACCACUUUAUUCACCAUCAUCCCGAAGUGGACUGGAAGGAGGAGCUCAAAUCGAUCAAGGAGGAGCGCGACGGACCAGCAGCAGCGGUAGCAUCAGCAGCAUCAGCAUCAGCAGCAGCAGCAGCGGGCCAUACAAUCGACAACAACUUUGACGACCUGAGCGCGGCCCAGCUGGAGCAGCUGAUGUAUUCGCUUGAGUCGGCAGAUAUGUCGAGCAUGGGCGUUGGUGGGCUGGACCACUACGGCGACAUCGCAAACGACUAUCUACAGUAUCCACAAAAUGAAACAGGACACCCUAAUGCUGAGGCCGACGGGCGCUUUUUCUCGAGCUCCUGAAUACACAUGUCCAUCCAUC